UCUCCUAAAGCACGUAACUACGGACGCCAGAGCUCUCCAGAUACAUACCUCAUAUCCACGGGCAUUCCCUCCCUCAGCCACACACAAACGACAUUCGCACUCCCCACAGCCGGCCGCCGACGUAUCAACUAUGGUCCUCUCCUUCAUCCUGAUCCAGAACCGCCAGGGGAAAACGCGGCUCGCAAAGUGGUACGCGCCAUACGACGAUGAGGAAAAAGUGAAGCUCAAGGGCGAAGUCCACCGGCUGGUCGCCCCCCGCGACCAAAAGUACCAGAGCAACUUCGUCGAGUUCCGGAACAACAAGAUAGUGUACCGGCGAUACGCGGGGCUGUUCUUCUGUGUCUGUGUCGACGCGAACGAUAACGAGUUGGCAUACUUGGAGGCGAUACACUUCUUCGUCGAGGUGCUAGAUGCCUUCUUCGGGAAUGUCUGCGAGCUGGAUUUGGUGUUUAAUUUCUACAAGGUCUAUGCUAUCCUCGACGAGGUAUUUUUAGCGGGGGAAAUCGAGGAGACAAGCAAGCAGGUUGUGUUGACGAGGCUGGAGCAUUUGGACAAGCUGGAGUAAUGAGGUGGAAGAAACGAACGAUGAUCAGAAGACCAAUGAGUGUGUAUCUGCAAGAUGCUCUAUUCUGUAUAUUUACAUCCGUAUUAUACAAAGUAGUAAUUUACACGAAAAUACACAAAGA